GCUCUUCGUUAUCAUCGAGUUGCAAGACCGUGUUCAAGUUAGUAUGCUCUUCGACAAGCCAUGGCUUGAAUUUCUCCUGGCUGGUUACCUGGGCUUCAGUGGAGUACGUAAGGGAUCCCUAUCACCGUCUGGCGGAAUCACCGCCUUUAUUGUUGGGUUCUCUAUGCUAGCCGUCCCUCUACGUUCAUUUGGCGUUUCUCUGAUCGUCUUCUAUCUCGUCGGUUCAAAAGCUACCAAGGCAGGGAAAGAGCUUAAAGCCAAAUUGGAAGACGGUCAUCAGGCAGCAGGAUAUAGAAACGCUACUCAAGUCCUCUGCAAUUCCUUGUCUGCUUUCUUGGCUGCGGUAUUAUGGAGCGCAUAUUUUGCUCCUCAAUCAUGGGAAGCGAAAUUAUUUGGAGGGUAUGCGCCUAAGGAAGUGCCGUAUGAUUCCUCGGAGUGGUGUGCAUUGUCGACGACAGUGGCAGGAGGAAGGAGUCGAAUAUUGCUGUUUGUGGCACUAGGACAUUUUGCCUGUUGUCUUGGAGAUACACUCGCGUCAGAGCUCGGUAUCCUUUCCACUACUCCUCCGGUGCUUAUUACGACGUUAAAGACAGUACCGCCUGGCACGAACGGCGGCAUCUCGAAAAAUGGAACAUUUGCCUCAUUAUUAGGGGGUUUCAUAAUGGGCGUAACCUUCACUGCAAGCUUGCUCAUCGAGAGUAGCGCGUGUCGGGCUGUGUGGUAUAAUGUCGUGCCCUUGAUCUGGUGGGGUACACUUGCUGGUGUACUUGGGUCUAUGAUUGAUUCUCUUAUGGGUGCCACUAUUCAAGAAACUAAGUACUCUACAAAGACGAAGAAGAUAUUGACUGAUGAGUCGCAUGUGCCUCAAUCCUCCUCGGAUCUUAGGACUGUUAGCGGCUUCAACCUCCUCACGAAUAACCAGGUGAACUUACUAUCAUCUAUGCUUACCGCCACAAUCCUUGGUCGUCUCGCUGCUCUGCAACCCGGAAUUUAGCUAUAUUCCUCUAUGCCCUCUGAACGUAUAUCAUGGUACUUUGGUUUGGUUAGUGCGGUCUGCUUUGGCUAAGGUCUUAUACUUAUAGAAUAAAAGAGAACCACUCGGAAGAGUUAAUAAAGACACUUCCCUACGGAGAACGGUCGGCCACUGUCAUUGCACCAGUUUCUAUGUUAAGUGCGCCGGGAAAUGAAUAAUGAAGAGACCAUGAGAUGUGGCAGUUUUGCGCUGCUGACUUCGAAUCUGCUACUUCAGUGGUCCCUAGUGGUCCAAGCUUUCACUUCGCGGCGCUUAUCCACCUUCAUCUUGACGGUCAUCUUCCAAGCCCUGCAAGCAACAGCAACCCUCAUUCCGCUCUCGUUCGCACAAUCUUGCCAUAUGUUGAGCCUUACAGC